CAUUGAACAAUUUUUUUUUUAUUUUUUUUUUCUAUCUUAGCCAUGUAUAACUCAUGUGUAAGUUCAACUCUUACACUAAAGUGUAAAGGGUCAUCUUCAUUUUCAUGUUAUGAUUACUCAUAUUGCUCAAAUGAUAGAUUUAGUAGAUACCCUUUAUCUUAUUCUUCCUCAUCAUGUUGUUCUUGUUGUUCAAAUGCUAUGUAUAGAGUGCCUGUUUGCCCUAGUUCUUUAUAUGGGUUGAGACAAUCUACUUUAAUUCAAUGUAAAAAAAUGAUCUUUAGUGGUUUAGAGAGACAUUGUUAUUCAAGAUUUCCUGUUUAUGAUGAAAAAGUUUGUUCUUUUAAGGGAAAUGGUGUGAGUAGAAGUGGAGGGAAAUGGGGUAAAGGGAGAUAUAAGUGUUUGGUGUUUGAGGAAAUGAGUGAAGAAAGUAGUGUUUCGGAGUUCGAUGAGGCUGAGGUUAUGCUUAGUUUGUUGACUGAAGAUGUGGAUGAGGAGUUGUUUAGUGUGAGAGAGAGAAAUGUAAGGUCAAAUAAGGGAAUAGACGCGGAGAAAAGAAAAAAUGGGGGUGUUACUAAUUAUGUUGGUAAGAAGAAAAGGGAUGAAUCGGGUAAUAUGGGGAGUAAAUUGAAGUAUAAGUAUGAAUAUGAAGUGAUUCCAUCAAGAAAGGAGGAUAAGAAAAGUGAUGAACUGGGUGCUACUAAUUAUGUUGGUAAGAAGAAAAGGGAUGAACCGGGUAAGUAUAAGUAUGAAUAUGAAGUGAUUCCGUUGAGAAAGGAGGAGAAGAGAAAGGAAGAGAAUAGGAGGGAAGAAGAGAGGGCAUCAUUGUUAAGGAGAGAGAGUCGAAGGACAAACCAUAAGGAUGAAAGAUCUUCCUUAUUGAGGGAGAGUCAUAAAGAUCGAGCAAGAGAAGAAGAGACGGAAGCAUUGUUUAGGAGAGAGAGCAGAGGGACAAGGCAUAAGGAGGAAGAAAGAGCUUCCUUGUUGAGGGAGAGUCAUAGAGAAAGAGCAAGAGAAGAAGAGAGGGAAAGUUUGUCAAGAAAGGAGGACCACAGGCAGAGACUAAGGAAAGAUGGCUCGAGCUGCUCUUCGUACUAUUCUGCCUCUUCAACCGGUGACCUUGAUAUUGAUAUUGAUAGUGAUAUGCAGAUUGAGGAUGAGCGUUUUGAGGAAGAAUCGUCAAGGAAGCAUGAAGGAGAUUUGAAGAGUGAAGUUGUUGCUCGAUAUGACAGAGUGGAUGGAACGGAUCGGAAUAACACUACUAAACAAGGGGUUGUCUCACGGAAGGACGAUUCUGAAGUUAAAUUGUAUGGUGAGGCUGGUGACUGGAGAAAGAAGUCAGAGAAGAGGCUUACUGACAUAUCAGUUGAGGAGAAAAAGGAAUCAAGGGAGAGGCAUUCGAGGAUAUCUCAGAUUCAUGGAAGUAGUUCUGAACAGGUUUCUGGUUCCUCCAUGAAAUAUGAUGACACAAAGCAAGAAUCAGCUUCUAUUACAAAGUUCGAGGGGCAGACAACUGGACAAUCUAAUACAAAUAUAAAGUAUAAACAAUUUGUGGAUACAUCUGAGAGUCAUGACCUUAGAUCUAGAACUGCUUACGGCGCAAGGAAAUCUUAUAAUGAAACAGAAGAAACCUCCAACGAGGCUCUAAGUCAAAUUCAGCAAGCUAGAGAAGAAUACAGUAAGAAAAUUGGGAGCAUCAUAAGGGAAGAUGAACAUAGGAGAAGAUCUCAUAGGCUCAAUCAAGAGUCUAAUUUCCAGAAAAAUGACAUUAGGACGGAGUCGGCCAUUCAGGGAGUCUCUGAUACUGAACUCAGGAAGAAGGUAUCAAACGAGCACCGCCAAUCUAGUCAGAUCACCGAGCUAGUGGAGUUGAGAGAAAAAGCUGAACAAUUAAUUAAAGCAGACGAAAAGAAAACUCAUGAUUCACACAGGAAAUCAGAGACAAGGAUGAAGAACCAGGAAGAUUAUACAAACCUUCUCAACAAGUUAUCAAUAGAAUCCAAGGAGCACUCGUCCCAAGCCAGAAUAAGAGACGCAAGAAGCACAAAAUCAGUAAUGGAAUCACACGAGAAAAAAACUUUACUGGGUGCGUCGAGUACGUCAACUACUCAUUCUAGUGACACUAGCAGUGUUGAAGUAACACAAGCAAACAAAAAAGAGGUGAAAGCAUCUUCCCAAGUAUUAUCAAGACACUCAUCAAUGAUUGAGUCAAAGACUGGGUUUUCAACUCAAGGAGUUUCUGAUUCAGGCAUACAAAAACUUACCCCAGAUAGGCCUUCACAACUUCAGCACAAAACACAUGGUGAAGCCAGAAGGGAUGAGGUUCUUGUUCAGCCUUGGGGUUUCUCAUCCCAUGAAGAUGCAAUUGGUUCCGCUGAUCGAUUGCAGAAAUCCUCGACUCAGUAUGUUGGCGAAUUUGUAGAGAAGGUCAGGCAUGAGAUUUCCAACUCUGAGAUUCUGAAGGAGAAAAAGACCUCUGAGACAAAGUUAAUUAACGAGGAAGAGCAGCAUACUCAAAAAGUCGUAGGCCAACAUGGUUAUGGUGAUUCUCAAUCAAAUGAGCAUGAAUCAAGGCAAUCCUCGUUGGUUUCAGGGGCUAAGGGACCUUCAGAUGAAAUGUGGGAUGUGACUGAGCCGUCUGUCCAAGAACCUCCUGAGACACAAGUAUCAGAGGAUUCAGACAAAGAGAAAACAGCUAUUGUCAAGAGAAGUGGUAGGUCCUUGUGGAAUAUUAUUGGAGAUAUUGUUCAUAUGCGAUGGAUGUCUCAUUCUGAUCGGCAUACUUCGGCCUCUAAGUCUGGUCGAAGGAGCUCACCUAAUCAAUCCAUAAGUAGUGAAACAUGGUUUUCUGGUCAUGAAACAGAGGAUAACAAUAGUGAGAAUGCAAAAAGCAUCAGAAGGUUGAACCAAGUGAAAAAGGUUCGCUCUCAUAGUCAUGGAGAAGCAUCCAGCUCAUCAAGCUCAGGGGAACAUACGAAGCACACAUUGGUGGAAACAUCAUCGUCACCAAUUGUUUUAGAAAGCAUUUCACCAUCCAAAACUAUUCCAUUGCCUUCUGCUGAAGGUGGGCUUCCGAUUUCUUCAAUUCCGGUGAGAACAUCACCACCCAUUAUAGAAGAAAUAGCAGAAGUUGGACAAGGUGUUCCAUCCAGCAGUAGCAAAGGGCAAGCAGGUUCCACUGUCUCCGGUGAGGUAUCAGGUUCUAAGGUUAAAGAUGCUGAAAUGAGACGGGGAAAGUUUCAGAGGUCCGAUCAAUUUGUAAAAGACAGGUUUGAUGAGUGGGAAGAGGCAUUCCAGCUCGAAAGCGAGCAGCGAAAAAUUGAUGAAAUGUUUAUGAGGGAAGCACUAAUGGAAGCCAAAAAGGCUGCUGAUAAUUGGGAAGUACCUGUUGGUGCUGUGCUGGUCCAUGAUGGAAGAAUAGUUGCUCGUGGAUGCAACCUUGUAGAAGAACUGCGCGACUCUACCGCCCAUGCAGAAAUGCUCUGCAUACGUGAGGCUUCAAACACACUUCGGACAUGGAGACUUUCGGAUACCACACUUUAUGUAACACUAGAGCCAUGUCCUAUGUGCGCUGGAGCAAUACUUCAAGCUAGAGUUGAUACUGUUGUAUGGGGAGCUCCGAAUAAGCUCCUAGGGGCUGAUGGAAGCUGGAUCAGGCUGUUCCCUGAUGGAGACGGAGAAAAGAAUUUGGAACCAACAGAUAAACCUCCUGCACCAGUUCAUCCUUUCCACCCAAAAAUAACAAUCCGACGAGGAGUGCUGGCGUCGGAAUGUGCAGAUGCAAUGCAGCAGUUCUUUCAACUAAGAAGGAAGAAGAAGGAAAAGAAGUCGGAUCCUCCAACACCACCUUCAUGUCUAACCAUUUCAAGUCACCAACCGAAAAUUUUCAGCAAGAUUCACGACGUGUUUCAUAUCAUGUUCUGCCUGUGAUUUUUGUUUCUGAAGUUCAUAUUGCUGCAAAAUUGUAGUGAUAGAACUCUCUUUCUUCGCUGUAUUCAAAUUAAUGAUUUAGCCAACAACUUCUGUUCUUUAAACAACUGAGUCAAUUACUUAGUCAAUGUGUUGUACUUCGAGAUUAGAGUCGUAGUCUAAUGGUUGCAACUUGCAAGCACAUUUUUUUACUGGUUAGUGCAUAGUUUUAUGACUUAAAGUUUUACUCUA